GCCAGAUGCUGCUGGUGGUGCUGCUGCUGCUGCUGCUACUGUAAAUAGAAAAAUUGAGGCUUUUUCUUUAACUUUUACCGAUCGAGCAAGCGAAAACCUGGAGAGAGAUAAUCCUUAGUAGAGAAACGCAAACAAGAACGAUAUACCGUGUGAUAACCGAGUGGAAACAAGAUAACGAUAGUUUGCUGAUCAUUCGAAAUACUUUCCCCAAGUGAGUGUGAGUGAGCGUGUGAUCGGUCGAGUGCGUGUUAUGAGUUGCUGCACCUGCUGCACCUGCUGAAGAAGUCUAAAAAGAAGCGAAAUCCAAGUCGCAAACGACGACGCAGACGACGUGCACUUCGAUCCGUACACCAUGCUACUGCGAUCACUGGUGAUGAUUGGUCGGUUGCUGCUGCUUAUGCUGAUGUCGAUACUGCUGCAGUGUGAUGGACGAGCAUUGAAGCGGAAUCCGGUCGGUAGCAGGACAAACGAUGGCUACAGUUUCCUCUCUCCAUCGUACCACGACGAGGGCAGCGAUGAGGGUUCGGCCUGCCAACAGCUACCACCACCGGUACUGACGGAGAUCCUUGGUCCUGCGUUCAAUCCACGGUACAUGAGCAUCGAGGAACCACCGGUAUCGGAUGGUGGUGGAGGACACGGUGGAUCUGGCGAGCAUCCGAAUCCGGCCGGCAAGCGUGACACGGAACCGUUUCCACCGUUCUACGUUGACGACAAGUACUCGCUGGAGCUGAGCAACAAACCGGCCUGGGAGGUGCAGCACGUCUCGGAAUCGAUCGCCAGCACGGCCAGCCAACCGGGACCUGCCCGCACCCGGCGCGAUCUCUUCAACGACAUGCUGGACGAUAUGGGCCGGAGGCUGCGGAUAUCGACGGAGGAACAGCAGGAAUCGCACGACGGAGCGUCAUCUUCGGUGCGCAGUACCCGUUCGUUCGGUGGCAAGGGUCGAACGCGUAAAGCCGGUCCCGGUGGUGGAAGUCCACGGCCGUGGGAGUGUGAGGCCAAGAUCCGGUGGAUUGAUCUGGGCCACGAGUACUUUCCACGCUUUCUCCGGACGGUCGAGUGUACGAGGCAGAAGUGUUGGUACGGCCACUACACCUGCCAGCCCCGUUCGUUCACCGUGAAGAUCCUGCGCCGGCGGACGGGCGAGUGCGCGCAGAGUGACCGAUUGCGGCACCGGAUCGGUGUCGAGGAUCUUCCGGGCGAGUUGCGCGAACUGUGGGUGUGGGAGGAACGGGCCGUCAACUUUUGCUGUGACUGUGCGCCGGCAUUCUGAGCCGGCGUCCUACGCUUUGAUGUUCGUGUUGUUCGUCAUUAUUUAACUCUCGUUUAUUUAACCGUUAUCGUUGACGCACUGGUACAAUCUUAAUGUUGACAUUUGGAUAAGUUGCACAGGUGGAAGCUUAGCCUUAAGACGCCGAAUCGAAUCCGAGCUGAUCACGCAGCGAGCACGCAGCAUCGGUAUCGGCCAGCUCUCAUCAUCAUCAUAAGACCGUCGCAUCGUGUACAUAUUUGCAUAGUCGCUAGUUGUUUAAGAAAGGGCGGGGAAGGGAACUCAGUGGGUUUAAGAAGACGUAGGACACUACACCAAAUACAGUUCGAUAGCAGAAGAGACAAGGUCUGUACAUAUACGACGUAAGCGAUCUAUAGUGUCUUAUGUUUUGCCGAGGUGUCGGGAUGGUAGGGUAAGCGUGCCUGCAGCCCCGUGGGCAUCCACGCGCGCCUGCUUGUGUGUAUGUGUUCGUGAGUGUGUGGUGCGUGUACGUGAGUCAGGCUCUAGGGGAGUGUACGAGGAAUAAAACAAAGAAACACAAAACAAGAAGGACACAUUCCACGAGAAGAGCGGCAAUGUAUUAGCGAGUCCUUACGGUGGCGUCUGAUCCAAGGGAAGCCAAGCCCGGGGGAACUAAUGUCGAACACAAGUAGGCCUGGAGUUUGCAGUCAAGUUCGGUCAAAGUGGGCGUAUGCGUUCGCCUCGUACCCGUAGCGCUCGUAACGAUGGUACCGUCGCUCUACCAACGUCGUAGGGUCGUAAGGCACCCGUGAUUCCACGCCGCGAGGGUAGACGCAUCGCCCAGACCGGGCCUAAUGUCAAUGUUUUGCCCAGCACGCACCGAUCACGCAGGACCAAAACACCUAUGUUUGAACAGCAUAUCCCGUCCCUGGCACCGUUCCGAACGCAAAACGGGAAGGUCGUGGCAAGUGGCUUGGCCCUUGAGUUUUGCAUAAAUAUUGAAAAUUAGCUGCCAAGUGGUUUCAUACCCUCAUCGAGCUUUCCAUCGACGGGAAUAUGGCACGAACGAAAUCGAAUCACACCAGAAGUGUCACAAUUUGCUAAAGUCAAUGCAUAUUCAUGGGGCGUGACGACGGAGGGGGUGGACAGCGGAAAGAGCCCCGGGGGGAAACCCUUUUUUGAAAGAGAAGUUGGUGAAGAAAAAGAGAAAUAAAA